CACCAACAACACCGAUAUUUUGGUGCACACAAACACAUGAACGCCGACUAAUGAGCGAAAAAUCACUAACCAUCAGAAUUGACGCGGUGUGUUUUCUACAGAAACAGAAAUAUUAUAAAACACACAACAGACGAUAUUCGUAUGGAAAAUUGUGAAGAAAAAUAGAUUUUUACAAAUAUAUAGCUGGGGCACCCAAAAAAAUUGAGAAACAGAGCAUUUCGCGGACGUUUUUUCUAUCGUAUUGUAGUGAUAAUUGUGUAGUGCCGCCGAAGUAGUCAAUAUAUCAUCAUGGACAACACAAUGCAGGAGGUGAUUCAGUUGGAAUUGAUGUGCAAGCAAAUGUACGAGGGUGAAAAUUCAACGCGAAACGAAGCCGAAAAGGUGUUAGUUGCAUUCCAAAAUAGUCUAGAUGCAUUGCCAAAAUGUCAAUUACUAUUGGAUCGCGGACAAUCAAGCUAUUCACAAUUGCUGGCGGCAACAACGCUCACAAAAUUGAUUGCAAAAAAUGCACAGGGAUUGUCACUGCAAGAGAUCGUCGACAUUCGGAAUUACAUUCUUAAUUAUUUAGCAACACGACCGAAUCUAGAGAGUUUUGUCAUUCAAGCCUUAGUCACUGUAUUGGCCAAAAUAACAAAGUACGGCUGGUUUUAUUGCCAUAAAGACGAGAUGGUCUUUCGAAAUAUUAUCGAAGAUGUGCGAAAAUUUCUUCAGGGUUCAGUUGAGCACUGCAUGAUUGGUGUUCAGAUUUUGUCACAAUUGACUUGUGAGAUGAAUCAUCCUGAGGUCGAUGUCAACAUUUCAUAUAUUAAACAUAGAAAAACCGUUUAUUCAUUUCGAGACACACAAUUGUAUGACAUUUAUAUUUUGUCUUGCACGCUUUUAAUGACUGCUCGCGAUAACUGUAAGACAUUGAAUUUUAUGGACGAAAAACAGCAUGGUCUCAUCAACCAAAUACUUCGUUUGACGAAAAAUUGCUUAAGCUACGAUUUUAUCGGUACAUCGAACGAUGAAACAACCGAUGACUCUUCAACAAUACAGAUUCCGACCAAUUGGAGACCAGCAUUUCUUGACUUGAAUUAUUUGAAUUUAUUCUUUGAUUUGUAUCACUUGUUGCCAUCGCGUCUAUCCAGUUUGGCACUGUCCACACUGGUACAAAUAACAUCUGUACGACGAUCCUUGUUCAGCAACACGGAGAGAGCGAAGUUUCUCAGUAAUUUGGUCGUUAAUAUUAAGAACAUUCUCGAAAAUUCUCAAGGACUUAGUGAUCCAGAUAAUUACCAUGAAUUUUGUCGUUUGUUAGCCCGUCUCAAAACCAAUUACCAACUAAGUGAACUUGUUGUUGUUGAAUGUUACCCUGAAGUUAUUCAACUUAUUGCAAAAUUUACCAUUCAAUCGUUGCAGAUGUGGCAAUUUGCACCAAAUAGCAUCCAUUAUCUUUUGUCUCUUUGGCAAAGAAUGGUCGCAUCAAUUCCUUAUGUACGUGCCGUCGAGCCACAUCAUUUGGAUGCAUAUACUCCUGAAGUGACAAAAGCAUACAUUACGUCACGCUUAGACUCGGCACGUGUCAUUAUUCGUGAUGGACUUGAAGAUCCACUUGAUGAUUUAGCCAUGGUGCAGCAGCAACUCGAUCAAUUGUCUGUCAUCAUUCGGUGUGAAUAUGACCAAACGUGUAACUUUGUGAUACACACCUUUGAUCAAACGGCCAGUGAAUACCAAGAGCUGCUCAACAAUCCGGUUAACAAUUCCGAAAUUGCGGUUCGUGAAGCACAAUUGACAUGGUUAGUUUAUAUUAUUGGAGCGGCCAUAGGUGGAAGAUUGACAUUUACCGCCAAUGAUGAGCAUGAUAUUCUCGAUGGCGAUUUAGUUGUUAGGGUCUUACAAUUAAUGCGUUUGACCGACUCACGUUUACCACAAUGUGGCUGUGAAAAACUCGAGUUAUCAAUGAUAUCAUUUUUGGAUCAUAUUCGAAAAAUUUAUAUUAUUGAACAAAUGCAGAAGAUGAAAAUCUACAAACGUCUAUCCGAACUACUGGGCAUCAAUGAUGAACCAAUGUUGUUAAGUGUUAUCAAUCGUAAAAUUAUAACAAAUCUUAAAUUCUGGGGACAUUCGGAAGUUAUCAUACGAAAAACGCUGAAUCUUCUGAACGAACUUUCCGUCAGCUAUAGCUGGGUUCGCAAACUGGUUAAAUUGGAAGAAAUUCAGUUUUUGCUCAACAAUCACACGAGUGAACACUUUUCAUUUUUGGGUAGUAAUGUGGCCAUCGCCGAAAUGAGAUGUCGCAGUAUGUUUUAUACAUCACUCGGUAGAUUGCUUAUGGUUGAUUUGGGAGAGGACGAAGAACGAUUCUACAAUUUCAUGUCACCAUUGACGAAUCAAUUUGAGUCGAUUGGCAGUGCCAUCAUGGAUACGAGUACCUACCCAAGCGAAGAGGCAAAGAAGGCUCUCAUUGGUUUAUCGCGUGAUUUGCGUGGCCUGACUUUUUCGUCGAGCAAGAAAAACGCUUACAUGAUGUUUUUUGAUUGGAUUUAUCCCGAUUAUACGCCGAUUUUAAUUCGAGCAAUUGAACUGUGGCCAACCGAUCCACAAGUUACGACACCAAUUUUAAAGUUGUUUGCCGAAUUGGUACAAAAUCGUUCGCAGCGCUUACAAUUUGAUAUUUCUAGUCCAAAUGGCAUCCUGCUGUUCCGUGAAGCAUCAAAGGUCAUCUGCACAUAUGGUAAUCGAAUCAUGAACUAUGAUGUACCAAAAAAUCAACUGUACGCACUGCGUUUGAAGGGUAUUUCGAUUUGUUUUACAAUGCUCAAAGCGGCGUUAUCAGGAAAUUAUGUCAAUUUUGGUGUUUGCAAAUUGUACGGCGAUGAAACGUUGGACAAUGUAUUAGACGUGACGACCAAGCUUAUACUUACAAUCCCACAAACGGAUUUAUUGGUGUAUCCUAAAUUGUCACAAUCAUAUUUCUUGCUUCUGGAAUGUUUGGCUCAAGAUCACAUGGCAUUUCUAUCUACACUCGAUCCAGCAAUAUUCUUAUACAUAAUUAAAAGUAUAUCAGAGGGUUUGGCUGCUGAAGGUAUGACGAAUUUAACUUCUUCCGAUGCUACAGAUACGACCAUUUGCACAGGAUGUUGUUCGAUUUUGGACAAUAUCGUUUCACAUAUAUUUAAGCAAUUAUCGAUCAAAGCAUUCCCAACCAAAAAGAUGCGCCGCAAUGUCGUUAAUCCGGACAGUGAUAUGUUCUUGAAAGUGAUCGAAAUGCAUCCAGAGAUAUUGCAAGGAAUUUUAUCAACAAUCAUUAACAUUGUCAUGUUUGAAGAUUGCAAGAAUCAAUGGUCACUGUCACGUCCAUUACUCGGAUUGAUUCUGUUGUAUGAAGACUAUUUUAGAUCAAUGAAAGAGAACAUCAUUCGGUCUCAGCCACUCGACAAACAACAAACGAUAGCCCACUGGUUUGAUAAUUUGAUGGAAAAUGUUGAGCGAAAUUUAUCAAUGAAAAAUCGUGAUAAGUUUAGCCAAAAUCUAUCGCUCUUCCGCCGUGACGUGAAUGAAACAUUGAAACAGGCCAAUAUAAAUUCAUCCAAUUCGACAUCCGGUGGAUCCGGUGGUAGUUCCAUUAACGACAUGAUUGUAUCAUAGUUCAUGUGUUUCACUUCAGUUUCAGCUUUGAUUUUAAUUUUAUUUCGUUGUGUGAACAAUAAUUUUUUAAACCAAUAUUUCUGGACCGUUUUUUUGGGUCGAACGCAUAUGGCUGACAAAAUGAGAAAAAGAGAUGAAUUGUUUUGCUUUUUGAAAAUUAAAUCAAACUAAAUCAAAUCAAAAUGCUACAACCACAAAAAAUGAUACAAAUAAACAAAAAUUGUCGCCAAACGAUGUUUUCCAUAGAA